CGCCUGGACAGUUGAACCAACCAACUCGACCACCAUCAAAUCCAUCACCACUGUCAAACUCGACAACAUCUUGCAUCUCUACGACAUCUGCGCCUUGAUGCGAUGGCUGCAAACGCCAAGUACACGGCCGCGCCUCAGCGGGAUUCUCUCGAUACGGCUCACUACUCCCAAGCUCCACCCUCAUAUGCUGACGAACCGUCGUCUUCCACCGACCAAGCUGCUCUUCUUGGAGGCCCACGAAGCAGCGAAGACAACAUCCCCGAUGACUUCAAGUUUGGAGGCUCCGUCGCUGAGGCUACCAUCGACAUUCGGAUGGCGUUCGUGAGAAAGGUCUACGCUAUUCUGUCUGUGCAACUGAUUGCUACCGCGGUUCUGAGCUCGAUUUCUUUCUGGAGUGCUGGUUACAAGGACUGGAUCCAAACCCAUUCAUGGAUGAUGUACCUUUCGCUUUUCGGUGCCAUCGGCUUUAUGCUGUUGACUUACUGGAAGAGGAAGAGCUAUCCCAUGAAUCUCUUCUUCCUCGCCGGCUUUACCGGGCUUGAAGCCUACUCAGUGGCCGUUAUUGUAUCAUUUUUCGACACCAAAAUAGUCCUUCAGGCUGUCCUCCUUACAGCUGGUAUCUUCGUUGGCCUCACACUCUUCGCAUGCCAGACCAAGUACGAUUUCACCUCCUGGAUGCCCUAUCUGUUUGGAGGGCUGUGGGCAUUGAUCUUGUUCGGAUUCGUCGCUGCCUUCUUCCCUUACUCCAGCACAACCGAGCUUAUCUAUGGCGGUCUCGCUGCUCUGAUCUUCUCCGGAUACAUUCUUGUGGACACUCAGCUCAUCAUGAGACACUACCACGUUGAGGAGGAAAUUGCAGCUGCCAUCAGCCUCUACCUCGAUGUCAUCAACCUGUUCCUCGCCAUUCUCCGAAUUCUCAACAGCCAACAGAACAACUAGAGAUAUGGGGAUGGUAUAGCAGAGUAGCCGCAAGCUUUGGGAGGACUGGGUGGUGCAUUACCUACACGGUUUCAUUCAUGGACAGUACUUUUGGCGUUGACGGCCAGGGAAAGGAAAAUAUGCGUUCCUGAAGGCAUUGGAUUUCGGCAUCACUGUUCAAUAGUCUAUGCUUCUUUCGUGAGCAGAAAUUGAAUAAAACACUCCCUCUUUGCUCUGAGCAGUUGCCACUGAAGCAUCUCGGAUAGCAGAAUACCAUCCUAUGCGGGAAACUCGUGACUACACCUCAGAUCCUCUCGGUUAGCUUUGAGGUGCGUGGGCUCGUGGCCCAAUGAUCGACUCCUAUUUGUUGCAACGGUCCGGAGAGGGGUCCGGUUAAUCCAGCACUUCAAUGUUUAGCACCGAG